UGUGGGUAGGUCAGGAUGCCAGUGGAGGACGCCAUGUGCUUCUGGUAGAGGAGGACUGACAAACACUGAUAGAGAGCCGAGUUGCAGCACAGGAGAGCGGGCCACACGCGUUCACUGAAGCGGUCUGUUCUAGUCACCGGUUGUCAUGUACUGCACGAGACAUUGCGCCCGGAGCGCGCUGCGGAUAGCGGCGAUCACACACCGACACAAACUACAGAUGGCGACAGUGUGUGCACUGCGAACAAUCAAGACGAGUCCUGUCAGUCCCGAUGCUAUCGCUACUCCACCUCUUGAUGGAGCACCCAAGCAAUACUCGUCCAAAAUCCAGCAGCUCGUCAAUGACAUCGCCAGUCUCACUCUCCUAGAAGUGUCGGACCUCAAUGAGUUACUCAAGAAAACUCUAAACAUACAGGAUAUGGGAAUGAUGCCCAUGGGGUCAAUGGCCACAGCUGCACCUGCUGCUCAGGCUGCGGAGGAGGAGGCAGCACCUGCAAAGAAAGAGAAAACACAUUUUACAGUCAAACUGACAGAACUGAAGGCGGCUGAUAAAGUGAAACUGAUCAAAGAAGUGAAAAAUUGCAUUCAGGGUCUCAAUCUCGUACAGGCCAAGAAGCUUGUGGAGUCCCUACCUCAAGAGAUCCGGGCUAAUGUGUCUAAAGAGGAGGCUGAGAAACUGAAAGCAGCACUUGAAGCAGCAGGGGGCACUGUGGUGCUGGAGUGAAUAUCUGCGCUGGCCCUUUACUUGUUCAGUUGUUUCCUGUCAGUCAUUUUUUUGUUUCCUGUCAGUCAUUUUUUACAACAGAGAUCAAAGGAAUUUGAAGAAAACAAAUAAUGCCUUUAUAAAUACCACUUGGUCCAUUGGCUGGGUCCAGUUGAACUCACGGACUGAAGUCACACGCCACCUGGUCAUCGACUCAUCCAUUUGUCUGUCAUAUACUUUAACUGUUUAGCUACACGUGUUGUCCUGGGCCAAGUAGACAGCGCUGGCCAGUCUCUCUGAAGCUUUGUCUCAGGAAACUUGGUUUGGCCUGACAAAGGGACGUGAUUGCUAUUGCUUGUGGUUAAAUAAAUGUGUUGUACUCUA